GAUCGGAAAAACUUCCAAGAUGAAUUGCGGCGCGGCGGUUUACGGACGGAAACGCGGACUGAUACUUCUUCGUGUAGGCAGAAACUUUUCCAGAUCCUUUUGCUCUUCUUCUUCUCCAUUAUCUGAACAUGAAUGUUUCAUCAAGGAUAUAGCAAAAGCUCAGCCUCCUAAGCAUCUGACGCAGCUGCUGAACAUAUUCAUAGCUAGAGGUAAAUCCAUAGUUUCUCCUGGUGCCAAGGAAGGCUUGUUACCUCUUACUAUUCCGUUGGUGCGAAUGAGUCCAGGUUCAUCAAUUGCUCUACUACGGUGGCCAACAGCUCCUCCUAGUAUGGAGAUGCCUGUGGUGGAAGUUCAGAAACAUGGGGUUUGGUUUCUAGCCAAUAAUGUUGAUCAGUUCAUUCACAGAAUAUUGGUGGAAGAAGAUGUUUCUAAACCCGAAGAAUCCAGUCAAGAAAUCUUCAAUGCUGUAGGUGAAGCUGGGUUGAAACUUUACAGUAAGGGUGACUUCGCCAGUUCAAGACUGAUGGAUUUAGAUGCCUAUCUUUUAAGAAAGGUUGGACUGUUUCCGGAUUCUCUAGAACGAAAAGUUAUUCGACAUAUCGAGAAUGGAGACCAUGUUUCAGCUUUGGUGGCUACCGAGUUUUAUACAAAGAGAGGGAACUUUCCCGGAUUUGCCCGGCCUUUUGCUUUCAAUGCAAAGGUUUUGUUGAAACUUGGGCGUAGCUUAGAAGCGAAAGACGCAGCUAGGGGUGCUUUGAAAUCUUCGUGGUGGACCUUAGGAUAUAGAUACGAGGAAAUUGCGCGGAUAGCUGAGUGGGGAGAUGAGCAAAUUGCGCAGUAUAAGGAGAGAGUUACAGGAGAAGGAAAACAACGGGAUAUAGACAGGGGAAAGCCAAUGGCUCAGGCAUCUUUGGACGAGGCUGCGUUCUUACUGAAUCUAGCAUCACUUGAAGGGACAUGGGACGAAUCACUGGAUCGGGUUGCUCAAUGCUACAAGGAAGCUGGACUUAACGACAUCGCCAAGUUUGUUCUAUACAGAAACUGAGAAAUUCCUUUUAAAGGCCACAAAAUUGACAGUUUGUUCUUUGAGACCUGAGAUGACAUUAUAUCAAAUGAUCUUUGCAUUUGGUGUCUACGUUGAAGAUUUACAUUAACCCUGCUAAAGAUUCAUUGGGUCAAGAUUACUGAUUGUAUCUUUUCUGAGACAAAAAGUGAAAUAAAACAGAAAGAUCAUC